UGAACUACAUUUCCCAUGAUCCACCUGGUCAAUUUGAGUCAGUGUGCUGCUGCGGGCACGGCCGUGAACGUCUUGGAGAAAACGACUAUUUUAAGCGUGUGCCGUCCUCCUUGUCACCGUCAUGGAGAAAAACAAUCCAGAGUCCGCGGUGGUGUUUCGAAAUGUGGGUCAGCGCUACUUCCCCCAAACCAGGGUCGAGUGUCACUACAGCCUGACUUCAGCCCAUCAGUGGAGCAGCAGAGACUGGAUUGGCAUCUUCAAGGUGGGAUGGUCGUCACUUCGCGAGUACCACACGUACUCUUGGUCGCUUGUCCCCGAAGGCUACACUGAAAGAAGCGCUGUCGACUGCUGUUCCCUUUUUCAAGCCUUCUACCUACCUCGCCCCAGCACGGCAGAGUACCACUUUGUCUACGUCGACAAGAUGGGGCAAGUUUGCGCCCAAAGCCAACCCUUCACCUUCUGCUCCCCCAAACCUCUGGAUGAGCUGGAGACCCUGAGUGAGGAGCGAAAUGAAGAAGAAGAAGGAGCAGGUGAUGAUGAGGAUGAUGAGGAGCUGCUCCUGGUGGUCCCCAGAGCUCAGUUGCUGCAGAGUCAGCUGGAGGAGUGCUUGAGGGAGAAGGCGCAGCUGCAGCAGGCCGUGCAGGAGGCCAGACAGGAAAUAGAGGAGGAAUGGGAGAGCGAAAGGGACGCCUUGAAAGAGGAGAUCGAGCAGCUCCGUCAAAACCUGACAUGCAAAUGUGACGCCUUGAAGAAGAUGGAAGAAAACCUCAAAGAUGUUGAAAGCAGUCAGGAGAAUCUCAACUCUGAACUGAGUCAACUCAAGGUGCUGACUGAUCGGGAGAAAAAGAGAAACGUGGAGUUGGAAAGGGUGAAGGAGGUAUUUAAGGAGAUGUUUUUUCAAUUAUCCGGUCAGAAAAAACUCAAUCAAGAAAAGAUAAAGUUGCUCGAGGCUGAACGCGAGGCCUUGCAGUCAGAGGUCCGCAGCCUGCAGGCCCUCCUGGAGGAGAGCAAACGCGAGGCAGAGGGAUUUCAUAGGCAGCUGGGGGAGCUGGAGCUACACAAAAGCCACCUGCAGAUGGCGCAGCUGAGUCUGCAACUUUCUGCGGAGAAGCGGGAUUGCGCCAGCUGGACCCUGGAGAGAGAAGCUCUCAGGAACGUGGCACAGGCUGACCAACAGAAAGUGGAGGAGCUGAGGAUUGAGCUGCAAAGUAAGGAAGAGCCACUGCAAGAGGACACAACAUGGAAUGAGAAACUGCAGAGUUUCGGAGAGAGAACAGUGAUACAGAGUGACCAGCAAGGUGACAAGAAACAAGUGAUGCUCCCGGCACUUGUGGACCCUGUCUUCAGUGAAUUGACUGGCUCCAUCAUGUGGUGAUGCAAAGAACUGCAAGUUCGUAGGUUGAGACGGAGUUGCUGGAUGAGGGCAGGGAUUCCCAACCUUUAUUGAGGCAAGGUGUUACAUUGACAUUUAAAAAUUCUCACGGCAUCCCACCCCAAAAGAAUGCGUUACAAAAAUAAUGUAUCCAGAAUAAACAUAAUUGCUAAUGCGAACAAUUGUCAAUUGGCAACAGGUCUAUACACCGGUUAAUUUGAUCUUGUCAUCUUGUGUAAGAGCAUUUAAUUGUUUUGUAAUUGAUUUUUCUGAUUGAACAAUUUCCAUGUGCCGCAGCAGUGGUUGGGAGUCACUGCCUCAAGCAUGAUUGCUUCCAGAAUGAAUGUGGAUGUUUUUUUUUUUUGGUUUUUGCAGCUGCAAUAUAUUCAAUUCAAAAAUUGUAUUUCUAGAGAAAAUGAUGACAGAAAGGUUUGCAGAACUCUCGUGUGUAACUUAUAAUGGAGCUGAAACGUCAUUGAGCCACUGACGCUUUCAUUCACGGCUCGCGUUUUAUUGUCAGGAUUGAAGUAUGAUAUUUGACACUACUUCUGGCUUGAUGGUGGCACUUAUAUUGAUGCCGUUCUAUUCGGAAUGCCUGCUUUUAAAUCGCAGUCAUGAAAUGAAAUGCAUUAUCAGUGUUUGGUAAAUGUGACUCACUUGACAUUUGUCUCAUUGGAUGAUUUUUUUUUUCACGGUUCGCAUGCACAUUUAGUAUUUGAAAGCGAUGACAAAAUAAAUACAGCUGCACGCCAACAGGUGUGAAAACACAAAGCACAUUUUAUAAAAACAAAAAAAGAAAAAAAUACAGCCAAAAUAAAAAGCAAACCAAAGAAGCAAACUACAUAGACAAAUUUAAUACAAACAAGAGACAGAUGAGCCCAGUCAUGAGAUGUAUCAAUCUCUUUACAUGGAGAUGACGCAGGAGGUCGGGGAUUAUUAAAAGAGACGUAAUGAGAUGGUUUGAGCUUCAAUAGUCAACAUUAAAUAUUCUCCGUACAUAACACAACACC